CCUCUGGUCCAUGGCGCGCGCUAAGUGACAUUUGGCGCUGGAGUGUGUUCCCUUGACAUGAACAUUUGCAGACAGUGGAAUAACUUUUUAAUGAUCUUGUUUUACAUAUAUCGUUUAGCAUUUUAUGGAUAAUAAUGUCGGAUGAAGAACCGAAGGUCCCAGAAGAGCUCUUCAAAGAUGUUAAAUUCUACGUGGUCGGGGACAUUGACCAAAAGGUGAAGAGCUCAACGUUAGCCAACCAAUGUUUACCGAUAGCCGGUUAAUGGAGACGCUAACGACCAGUCUACUGUUUCAAUUUCAUUUCAAAUUGAUCAUUUGUAACACGAACGGUUUGCGGAUGUGCUGUUUGAAUUAAUACAUUUAUUGCGAUUUACAAAUAGAUAUGAAGUUGUCAUUGAUCCAGAUGAGGUUAUCUAACUACCGUCCGUAGCCAGCUGGAUACUAGCUAGCGAGCUAGUUUUGCUAGCACAUACCGGCUACCUAGCUUGUUAACCAUUGUCCUGGCAUUCUAGGGACUUUGUUAUCCAAUUUGCAAUGCAGUUAGUUAGCAAGAAAAAACAUAGACAUUUCCUAAUGUUUGCAUUGUAUAUGUAUGGAUUAACAUAGAACGAGAUGGUUUGAUAAUCUAUUGAUGUGAGAGCCCCAUCGUCUGCUUGCUGAAUUGUGUGCCUGACAUUGCGCAUGUGCGAGAACAUGCCCGCCAUUGGAGAGCUGCACGUUCUAACUUCCUGCCAAAUAAUGCCUUACAUUUGCUCUCCUGUAACUGUCCUGUAAAUUGGGUAUAUUAACAAUCCAAUACGCCUUGAAAAAUGUAAUUGUUCCUCGACUGUGCUUCAAAUAAUUAAUCCCACUGAGAUUUAUUUGGCCUAUACCGUCAACCGUGCAAUAGUUUUUUGUCAUUUACUAAUAAAGCUGCAAUAAACAGUACCUUCUAUUGAUAACGUCAAUUUCUUAACAGGCCACCCCAUGAUUUAUGAAUAACAUAUUAGAUGCCUACUACCUUCCAUUAUCACACUUUGGUUUGAGACAGGAUUUUACACAUGGACUUAUCAUGUGCCUAUAACUGGUGCAAUCGACCCCAGGUGUUCUGUUUUGUUUCAUUGGUGUGAUUUCAUGUGCACUUUAGGUUGUUCAGCUGCUGAAAGCGGGGAAAGGAAAGGAGGUCUCCUACAAUGCCUUGGCUACACACAUCAUAGCAGAGGAUGGGGAUAACCCAGAGGUUGGGGAGUCACGAGAAGUCUUUGACCUUCCAGUUGUCAAGGUAAGGGUGUGAAUUAUAGAUCCCGUUUAUGUAGUCAAUUCAAUAACAAACCUGUAGCCUUGUUGGUGCGAAGGGAAGAAGAACAGUUCAACCAUUAAACUCUGUUUUCUUUGUUUUUCAGCCGUCUUGGGUGACUUUGUCCGUAAGAUGUGGAGACCUGCUACCGUAACCUUUCCAUAAAAAAUAAUUUAACUAGCAAUUGAUUUAUGUUUCUGAUUUGAUAUUCUAACACUUUAGCUGAACGAAUAGCCUAACACUUGAGUUGAAUGACAUCCUUGACAAAAGAUAAUACAGAGUUACAGGAUUCUCCCCAGAGUCGGGACAAAUAUUCUUCGGUGUCACGGCAUGUCUGCCAAAGGUAUGUGCCCUUUCAUAUUACCUUUUUAACUAUUAUGCACAUAUCUAUUAAAUGGUUUAUGGAUUUAUAGGAUGAGUAUUUUAUAGAAUGUUAACAUCUUUCUCAUGCAUUUCUUUGUUUAGCUACCAGAUGAUCUCAACACUCUUUGGGCCUUGAUCACAUUUUAUGGCGGUGACUGUCAACUCAACCUAAACAAGAAAUGCACUCACCUGAUUGUUCCAGAGCCAAAAGGGGUAAUUAUUUUUCAAUUAUAUUCUGACAUAAGACGUUGCUUUGUCAUUCUUGUGUGAUGGAAUAAGUGUUUUUUUUAAUGUAAAAUAAUUCCAAUGCUCUCCUGACACAAAGGCAAAUAUAGGGGGAAAAACAUGGAGCACAUGGACAAAUUGGUGAAUUGGACAGUCUUUUGAGAAAUAAUGUCUGCAUGUUGCUAUUUUUAGGAUCUUUUGAGGCCCCUGUUGAGGCCUUCCUUGUGUUGGACAUUUUAUUAUCCUUGCUUUGGCUCUGGUAUGUCUGAUGGUUAUUGCAGGAAGGGGAUGUUUUGUUUUACUGCUGUCUUUGUGCUCAGGCACCAGGAGGUAGAGCCUGCCCUUAGCUUGUCUAGUCCUUGCUUAACCACUGAGAAAUGCCUGAACACAACACAUCUUUGUGAUACUUCAGGUUGUAUUUAACGAAACGAUUAAUCUAGACAUCUGCCAUAUUGAUAGAUGUACUAUGUUGGUCGGAUGACACCAAAACACAAAUUUUGCAGCAAGUUACACAGUAAAAUAUCGUACACCUGAACUGUAUGUCUGUAGAUCUAUGGUGUAAAUUGUGUGUUCCAGGAAAAGUACGAGGUCGCCCUGAAGCACAGCAGUAUCAAAAUAGUCACGCCGGAGUGGAUCACAAACUCAGCGUUGGACAAGAGCAGGAAGGACGAGGCUCUGUACCACCCCCGGCUGACCUACCAGGAGGUGGAAGAGGAUGAGGAGAGUGAGUAUGAGUCGCUCUCCGAGGGCAGUUACAGCCCCCCAGGCCCCAGGUCCCGGAGAUCCAGCUCAUCCUCAAGAGAAGACUCCCCUGCUAGUGGCAGAGGAGGGACCUCGCCCAAAGCCCAGCGACGAGACGAGCUCAUGUUCGACGACUCGGACGACUCUUCCACGGAGAAGGAGGAACGGAACCUGAACUGGACCCCAGUAGAGAUUACCGGGCCCACCCCGGGUCCCAAACGCAGAUUGCAGCCAGGGAAGGACUCUGGCCUGAUCAACCUCUGUGCCAGCGUGCCCCCUGUGCCGGGCAGUGCAGGACCACCAGACGCCCGGGCUACCCUGGGACCCAUUGGUGCCCAGCCGGGGGCAGAGAGGCCAGAGGGCAUGGCAGGCUGGAGCCCAGCGGCCAGGACGCUACGGAACAUCACCAACAACUCUGACAUCCAGCAGACCACCAGACCCUCCAAUGUUGCACAUGUAAGAACACUGUCCUUUAAUGUGCUCAAAAGCUUUAUUUCUUGCUUAGUUUAUUUUGCCUUAGUGGUGUAAAAUACUUGGAUGUCCAAGUUUCCUGGUCCAUUUCUUAAAGCAGUGCUAAAAUGUAAAUUGUUUGGUUUCUUACCACAGAUCCUACAGUCUCUCUCUGCCGCAACAAAGACAUUGGAACAGCAGCAACAAACGAACCAGGGCCAGCCCAACGUCCAACCCAACCCGCUCCUGUUCAACCAAGCCAAGCCCCAAGGUCAGCAGCAGCUCACAGCCGAAGCACAGCAGCAGUUACUGCAGCAGCAGUCCCAUCAGGUCCCCCAACAGCCACAACAACAGCCACAACAACAACACCCACCACAGCAGCUUCCACAGCAGCAGCACCCCAUGCUUCAGCAUCCCCCACCACAGCAACUCAUGCAGUUGCACCAACAGCAGGUUCCUCAACAUGGUUUCCCUCCUCAGUUGCCACAACAACAGGCCCAUCAAUUCAUCCAGCAGCAGCAGAAGCAGCCACAACAACAGCAGAUCCACCAACAACAGAUCUUCACCCAGCCACAACAACAGCAACCUCCACAUGCAUUCUCGCAGCAACAACUGCGACCGCAGCAGCUCCCCCGGCCUCCCAUACAGCAGCAGCAUGCUUUACAACAGCAGUUACAGCAGCACCGGCUCCAGUUACAGCUCCAACAGAACCAGCAGCAGCAGCAGCAGCAGCAACUCCAUCAACAACACCUCCAACAGCAGCAGCAUUUCCUGCAGCAACAGAUGCAGCAGCAGCACAUGCAGCAGCUUCAACAGCAGCAGCAGCAUCUCCAGAGCCAGCAGCAGUCGCUGCAGCAGCAUCCGAGCCAGCAGCCGCAGCAGCAGCAGCAAGGAUCACUACAGCCUCAGCUCCAGCCUCCUCAGGUGCACCAGCUGUUUGGCCACGAGCCAGGCCAAGAGAGUAAGUUCACUUGACUAGCAUACAGAUUUCAGUCGGUUUCACUUUUAUUUCAGUUCAUUACAAAAAAAUACACUAGAAAGAUACAUCAAAAUACAUGAAACAAUCGUGGUCGGAUUAAAGACAUCCAAUAAUCAUCAUUAGGUUUUUAAUGGUUGUGGUUAUGAUUUGUUUGACUAACCAAUCGUCUUUCUAUUUGCUGCUGUAGUUCCAGAAGAUGGCUUCUUGGUGGGCUGUGUGUUUGCUAUCGCUGACUACCAAGAGCAGAUGGCAGACAAGCAGCUCCUAGCCACGUGGAAGAGAGUAAGAGUAAAACUUUGUAUUUUCAUGAACUUAUCUUGUAUCUGAGCAAACAGCAUUAUAACUGCAUUUGUUCACCUACUCUUUUGCACCUUGCAUUGCUGAGUUGUAUUUUGUGAAUCACAGAUUAUCCAGGCCUAUGGUGGAAUUGUGGACUCCUCUCUCAACAACCGCUGCACUCACCUGCUCUGUGAAACUCAAGUCAGCAGCAUGUAUGUCCAGGUAAGCAUCACUAAAUCGUUUUUCAUCUCAGCUAAAAGGCUUGUUUGAAGGACAAAAACUGUUUGUGUGUGUGUGUGUCAGUUAGAUUUUAAAUGUAGUCUCUCUUGUUGCUGUACCUCAGGCCCUUCGGGAGGGGAGGCGCUGUGUCACUGCCCACUGGCUGAACACCAUCCUGAAGAAGAAGAAGAUGGUUCCUCCUCACAGAACCCUACACCUCCCCUUCGCCUUCCCACCUGGAGCCAAGCCAUGCUCACAACACGUACGCAUCACUUCCUCUUUAUCGCACCCCAUUCAAAACAUCUAACAUGGGUUGGGAACUGCUGUCAUAUGUUUUUAAUUUGAAACGAUGGCACAAUGAUACAUUUUGCAUGGGUGUAUCAUGAGGUAAUGACUAGACUUGCAAGCCUAUGACUCAGAAAUAGAGCUUAUAGCUUAGCUUCUAUAGUAAGUCCAUUGACAUUCCUAUCAUUCUCUCCCCAGAUCAUCUCCGUAACUGGCUUUGUGGACUCGGACCGUGAUGACCUGAAGCUGAUGGCCUACCUGACAGGAGCCAGAUACACAGGCUACCUCUGUCGUAGCAACACCGUUCUUAUCUGUAAAGAGUAAGAGGAGACCUUGAUAUGCUCUCAACUAUUUAGAAUGGCAUGUAAAUGUUGUAGACACAAUCAAUCAUUGGCGUAUUCAUGUUUGUGUGGAUGGGUGUCAGGUUUAAUUAAUGUGUGUGUUAUGCUUGCUUCAUGUCCGUUUUAUACUACUGUAGGAAUCCCAUCUAUUAACCCUUUCUCCCCCCUGUCUCUUCAGGCCCAGUGGUCUGAAGUAUGAGAAGGCCAAGGAGUGGAGGAUCCCCUGCGUCAACGCCCAGUGGCUCUGUGACAUUCUCCUGGGGAACUUUGAGGUCCUCCGGCAGGUCCAGCACAGCAGAUACUCCAACUUCAACCUGCAGGAACCACUCAUCCCCAACCAGCAUCUGGUUCAGAACCUACUGGGUACGGGGUUCAGAAGUCUUACAUUGGGGGCAAGGGGACUUUAUAUGGGGAAUUUUUGGUAAGAUGGACAAACGUCUAUUAAACGUAGGUGUAAUUUUAGGUGCUUGGCGGGCUCCUGUGAAGGUUUCACCUGGUGCGUUGGCGGCAUUGCAGUUGCAACAGAAGCAGAAACGGUCUGAAUCAAACUCCCUGCAUCCAAAUAAGAAGCCAAGGUGAAUCUCUCAAUCACCCUAGUUUUCACAUUAGUGUAUAGCACAGUAUGUGAAGAUUAAUUAGGCAAUCUGCAGAGUUUCUUAUUAAAAUAUUUCAUUCUAAAAAUAAAAAAAUCUUUGUAUAUAGGGAUACAACUAAAGGUUUAUCUCCCAAUGACCCAAAUAUUCUCUCAAUUGUAGACUUGAGGAGAUCGAAGCCCCAACCAAGAAGCUUCCACCAGAAUCCACACCGUACAUUUUCUUCACUGGCUUUGAGCCAACACAGGUCCAACAAUUCAUGAAGGUAAUUGGUAUUUCUAUGUCUAUGCACAGCUGAGCAAGAGUCUGCAGGAAAUAGCCAUCGUUGUGAAUGACUGUUGGCAAGUAUAUGAAUCAUCGAUAUUUAGCUAAACGUUUUACAGGAUCACAUCCGAUUCUCAGCGCUCUCGGCCUCUAACAAUGCAUCCGAUGUCCCAUUCUGUCUGUUCAGAGGCUGCACAACCUUGGAGGGGAAAUCGCAGAGAGUGCUCAGAAGUGCACACAUCUGGUGGCCAACAAGGUGACGAGGACGGUGAAGUUCCUCACGGCAAUGUCCAUUGUCAAGCACAUAAUCACCCCUGAGUGGUUAGAAGAGAGCUGGAAGAGCAAGAAGUUUGUUGGUACGUUAAAGCUAGAAUCCCUAAUUGAAACAAUAACAAAGCGUCACCUCGCCUUUAGUCAAAAAGCUGAGGGAUAUGCCUGAAGAAAUGUAACCACUCUCAAAUUCACAGACCGCGCUAUUGAUGCAAGGACUAACCAGCCAUUAUAUGAAACAUAUAGUUUUAACCAUGUUUUAAGGGUAUAAACGAUUUGUUUAUUUUGGGUUCUGAUGAGGUACGACAGUUGAACUAAGUUCAUGAGACAUUUAUGUUCAAGAAUCAAGGGUACAUAUCAUAAAGUCCCAAAAUUGAUGUAGCAACUAAGGAUUCUUGCUUUAAGUUGGCAUUCAGUUAUUAGAUAAUGGAUCAGUGGGAGGGAGUUUCAUGUUUGAGAUACUGUUGUGAUGUCAUCCUUUUUGUGUGUAGCUUUUUAGAGAGUAUAUGUUCUUAGAGGGAGUCUGAUUGGCUUUAGAGUAUGUGUGCAUUCUUUAGAGUAUGUGUCUGUUCAUUCAGAUGAGCAGAACUACAUGCUGAGAGAUGCAGAGGCAGAGGUGCUGUUCGGCUUCAGUCUGGAAGAGUCACUGAAGAGGGCCCACACUGCACCACUCUUCAAGGUUAGUGAUACCAUGCACUUAUGGAAUCUAUCCCCUAUGUCUAUCAGCCUGGACAGUGGACACCCAUGUGUGCAUAUUUGGAAAUAUUUAAUUGAAUUGUUCUGUUGAGUCAUCAGAUUGUGAUAGUCAAUAUGUCUGAUUGGAUGCAUUAGAUACCCAACUGUCUCUUAAACAUGUCUUCUGUUUUCCUUUCCCUCCCUAGGGCAAGUAUUUCUAUAUUACCCCUGGGAUCUGUCCCAGCCUUACUACUAUGAAAGCCAUCAUAGAGAGCGCAGGAGGCAAGGUGCUCCCCAAGCAGCCCUCCUUCCGCAAAAUAAUGGAGCACAAGCAGAACAAGGUACUGAUCAUGUCCAUAUAUGCACAGCAUUGUUUUAACUGUGUACUUGAAGAAUGACAGAGGUGGUCUUUUAUUACUGAACUCAUGGAAUAUUUUCUGUUAUUUUCAGUACCUUCCUGAGAUCAUCCUGAUAUCCUGUGAGAAUGAUCUUCAUCUAUGUAGAGAGUACUUCUUGAAGAACAUUGGUAAGAGGAACACGUCAAUGUGUACAUGUGCUUUGAAUGUGGCCGAUUGUUACGACAUCCUGUUUUGA